GAGUAUAUACAGGGAUAUGACAUGGCACAGGUUACAGUGGAGUAUAUACAGGGAUAUGACAUGGCACAGGUUACAGUGGAGUAUAUACAGGGAUAUGACAUGACACAGGUUACAGUGGAGUAUAUACAGGGAUAUGACAUGGCACAGGUUACAGUGGAGUAUAUACAGGGAUAUGACAUGGCACAGGUUACAGUGGAGUAUAUACAGGGAUAUGACAUGACACAGGUUACAGUGGAGUAUAUACAGGGAUAUGACAUGGCACAGGUUACAGUGGAGUAUAUACAGGGAUAUGACAUGACACAGGUUACAGUGGAGUAUAUACAGGGAUAUGACAUGGCACAGGUUACAGUGGAGUAUAUACAGGGAUAUGACAUGGCACAGGUUACAGUGGAGUAUAUACAGGGAUAUGACAUGACACAGGUUACAGUGGAGUAUAUACAGGGAUAUGACAUGGCACAGGUUACAGUGGAGUAUAUACAGGGAUAUGACAUGGCACAGGUUACAGUGGAGUAUAUACAGGGAUAUGACAUGACACAGGUUACAGUGGAGUAUAUACAGGGAUAUGACAUGACACAGGUUACAGUGGAGUAUAUACAGGGAUAUGACAUGGCACAGGUUACAGUGGAGUAUAUACAGGGAUAUGACAUGGCACAGGUUACAGUGGAGUAUAUACAGGGAUAUGACAUGACACAGGUUACAGUGGAGUAUAUACAGGGAUAUGACAUGGCACAGGUUACAGUGGAGUAUAUACAGGGAUAUGACAUGGCACAGGUUACAGUGGAGUAUAUACAGGGAUAUGACAUGGCACAGGUUACAGUGGAGUAUAUACAGGGAUAUGACAUGGCACAGGUUACAGUGGAGUAUAUACAGGGAUAUGACAUGGCACAGGUUACAGUGGAGUAUAUACAGGGAUAUGACAUGGCACAGGUUACAGUGGAGUAUAUACAGGGAUAUGACAUGACACAGGUUACAGUGGAGUAUAUACAGGGAUAUGACAUGGCACAGGUUACAGUGGAGUAUAUACAGGGAUAUGACAUGGCACAGGUUACAGUGGAGUAUAUACAGGGAUAUGACAUGGCACAGGUUACAGUGGAGUAUAUACAGGGAUAUGACAUGACACAGGUUACAGUGGAGUAUAUACAGGGAUAUGACAUGGCACAGGUUACAGUGGAGUAUAUACAGGGAUAUGACAUGGCACAGGUUACAGUGGAGUAUAUACAGGGAUAUGACAUGACACAGGUUACAGUGGAGUAUAUACAGGGAUAUGACAUGGCACAGGUUACAGUGGAGUAUAUACAGGGAUAUGACAUGGCACAGGUUACAGUGGAGUAUAUACAGGGAUAUGACAUGACACAGGUUACAGUGGAGUAUAUACAGGGAUAUGACAUGGCACAGGUUACAGUGGAGUAUAUACAGGGAUAUGACAUGACACAGGUUACAGUGGAGUAUAUACAGGGAUAUGACAUGGCACAGGUUACAGUGGAGUAUAUACAGGGAUAUGACAUGGCAUUGUAA